AUGUCAUCUAAUACCUCCCUUCUCAAUCUUACCGACAUUGCGACCAGAGAAUGCGAUACACAUCAACUACCAAGUCGACGCCCAUCUCUUGGCGAUGAUGUACCAACAGUAUGGAUUCCUAUGACCAACGACUCAUACGGGGGAAUGUCCGAGAUUUGCUCCCCAAAUUCUGUCAACCUCUGGCUCGAUUGCGUUCUUUGGUGCGAAUUACCAGAUGAAUAUAUGGACCGCUACAAAGCCUCUGGAUCGGAUAGUUUCGAUGCCUACUUCAAUCGUCGGCUUAAGGAUACUGGUAUGAACAUGUCGCAGGUGGUCAUUUACUCAACAGAAGAAAAGAGUGCAGCGCCGGUAACAGGUCGACCACUGAGUAUUAUGGGUUUGAGCACGGUGGCUCUCGCAACUUUUAUUGCCUUGAGUAUCUAG